CUCGUUUCCAGCAGUUGUUCCGUCAGCGGAACAGUUUAUGCCGAAUUGCACUUGAACACGGGCAGUGAAACGUUAACGCAAAGAUGAGCUCCCGGAUUAUGCAAGCGGCUCGAUGCCCCACAGACGAGCUGUCGCUGACCAACUGUGUUGUCAUCAACGACAAGGAGCAGCAGCAGUUUGAAAAACACGUGAUUGUUCGCAAUGUGACCCACAAGUUUGUGUUCACCUUGACGAAACAUCCCAGCGUGAACUCCGGGACCAUCGGCUUCAGCCUGCCACAGAGAAAAUGGGCGGGACUAUCGAUUGGACAGGAGGUCGAAGUAACCAACUACAACUUCGACAAGUCCAAGCAGUGCAUAAGCAGCAUGACGAUGGAGAUCGACUUCCUGCAGAAGAAGAACGCCGACAGCAACCCCUACGACUCGGACAAGAUGGCGGGCGAGUUCACUGUUCGCUUCAACAACCAGGCGUUCACCGUCGGCCAGCAGCUGGUGUUCAGUUACAACGACAAGCUGUUUCAGUUGGUGGUGAAAGACAUGGAGGCCAUGGACCCGAGCAUCCUGAAGUCAGGAAAUGCUUCUGCAAAGAAGCAGAAGAUUGAAAUCGGCCUGUUGUUGGGAGACAGUCAGGUGGUUUUUGAGAAGGCAGAGAGCUCCUCCAUGACUCUGAUCGGGAAAUCUAAGACCCGCGAGUCUCGCCAGUCCAUCAUCAGCCCGGACUGGAACUUUGAGAGGAUGGGCAUCGGCGGCCUCGACAAGGAGUUCUCCGACAUCUUCCGACGAGCCUUCGCCUCCCGAGUCUUCCCUCCGGACAUCGUCGAGCAGAUGGGCGGUAAGCAUGUGAAGGGGAUCCUGCUGUACGGACCCCCAGGCUGCGGCAAAACCCUGAUGGCUCGACAGAUCGGCAAGAUGCUGAAGGCCCGCGAGCCAAAGAUCGUCAACGGCCCCGAGAUCCUCAACAAGUACGUGGGAGAGUCUGAGGCGAACAUCAGGAAGCUGUUCGCCGACGCAGAGGACGAGCAGAAGAGGCUCGGCGCCAACAGCGGCCUUCACAUCAUCAUAUUUGACGAGAUCGACGCCAUCUGCAAGCAGCGCGGCAGCAUGGCGGGCAGCACCGGCGUCCACGACACCGUGGUCAACCAGCUGCUGUCCAAGAUCGACGGCGUGGAGCAGCUCAACAACAUCCUGGUCAUAGGUAUGACCAACAGGCCCGACCUGAUAGAUGAGGCUCUGCUGAGGCCUGGAAGACUGGAGGUGAAGAUGGAGAUAGGGUUACCGGACGAAAAGGGUCGCAUUCAGAUCCUCAACAUCCACACAGCCAAGAUGCGUCUGCACGACCUGCUGGCCAAAGACGUCGACGUCAAGGAGCUCGCUGUGGAGACCAAGAACUACAGCGGUGCCGAGCUGGAAGGUCUGGUCAGAGCGGCACAGUCCACGGCCAUGAACAGACACAUCAAGGCCAGCAACACGGUGGAGGUGAACAUAGAGACGGCAGAGAAGCUGCAGGUCAGCAGACUGGACUUCAUGGCCUCGCUGAACAACGACAUCAAACCCGCGUUUGGAACCAACCAGGAAGACUACGCCAGCUACAUCAUGAACGGCAUCAUCCGGUGGGGCGACCCGGUGUCGGCGGUCCUGGAGGACGGGGAGCUGCUGGUGCAGCAGACGAAGAACAGCGAACGAACGCCGCUGGUGUCUGUGCUGCUGGAAGGUCCUCCUAACAGCGGCAAAACAGCGCUGGCAGCUAAGAUUUCUGAAGACUCACAGUUCCCCUUUAUCAAGAUCUGCUCCCCCGACAAGAUGAUCGGACACUCCGAGAUCGCCAAAUGCCAAGCCAUCAAAAAGAUAUUUGAAGAUGCCUACAAAUCCCAGCUGAGCUGUGUGGUUGUGGACGACAUUGAGCGCUUGUUGGAUUAUGUUCCAAUCGGUCCUCGUUUCUCCAACCUGGUGCUUCAGGCUUUGCUGGUGCUGCUGAAGAAACCGCCUCCAAAGGGUCGUAAGCUGCUGAUCAUCGGCACCACGAGUCGUAAAGACGUCCUCCAGGAAAUGGAGAUGUUAGACGCCUUCAGCACCACCAUCCACAUUCCCAACAUCUCGCGGGGGGAGCAGCUGGUCGAGGCGCUGGAGCUGCUGGGCAGCUUCCAAGAGAACGAACGGGCCAAAAUAGCUAAAGCUGUGAAGGGCCAAAGCUUGUGGAUCGGCAUUAAAAAGCUGCUCAUGCUGAUUGAAAUGGCCGCGCAGAUGGAUCCCGACUACAGAGUUAGCAAGUUCCUGAGUCUACUGAAGGAUGAAGGAGCACUGGGUUCUGAUAAGUUUGUGGCAAUCUAGACUGAGUGGAGCCGCGUAGUGGAACAGAGGCAUCCUUCAACGUUGCUGAGGAACGGAAGCCUGAAAAGAGGCUGGCAGGAGGAAGCGAGCGAGAGAUAGUUUCCAUCUCUCUCUGCAUCCUUUCCUUCCCAUCCCCGAAGCUCUUCUCUCUGCACUGCAGCUUUAUGCAGCAGACGCACAACCAGGCGACUUCUUCAGCACCACGUGAAGCCGCACAACACGAGAGAAACACCCGGCGUUUGUGGUAUCUGUGUGUACUGCAUUUCCUGAAUGCUGUCAUCUCUCUGCGAUGCCCCUAGCACUCCAUUGGGAUUUUUUUUUAUUGACAUAUACAUAGAAGAAAUCAAUGAAAAGCUGCCUUGCGUGGUGGGUGGGUAGAUGUGCAUGCACAAACACUAAUUCUGAUACUGUUUAUAUAGGCCAGGGGUGUCAAACUGCGGUCCUCGAGGGCCGCCAUCCUGCAUGUUUUAGAUGUUUCUC